AUUUAACCCAUAACAAUACACUAAACAUCUCAUUUAACUACAGAUUCAAGAUAAGUACACAAGAGUUUCUAAAUUAUAUGAAAAUGACCAACUACGCCGCUGUAUUAUACGGACCCAAAGAUUUAAGAAUUGAAAAUUUGCCGGUUCCAGAAAUCAAUGAUAAUGAGGUGCAGAUCAAGAUAUCGUGCGUGGGGAUCUGCGGCACUGACGUGAAGAUGUACACCACGGGGAAGUGCGGGCUGGAGGUGCCCACCGAGCCUAUGGUGAUCGGCCACGAAGGCGCCGGUAUUGUAACUAAGGUUGGUGCUAAAGUGAAGCAUCUGAAGGUGGGUGACCGCGUGGCUAUCGAGCCGACGGCGCCGUGCAAAAGCUGCGAAUUCUGCGUUUCGGGCCGCUACAACUUGUGCGACGAACCCGCGUAUUGCUCCACGCCCGCCGCGCCUGGCAACCUAUCGCAGUACUACAAGCACGUCGCAGACUUCUGCCACAAGUUACCAGAUAACCUAUCAAUGGAAGAAGGCGCUGCUGUCCAGCCCCUAGCCAUCGCGAUUCACGCCUGCAACCGCGCCGGCAUCAAACUGGGCACUAACAUGGUGAUCUUAGGCGCGGGGCCUAUAGGCGUGCUCUGCGCUAUCACCGCUAAAGCUAUGGGCGCCGCCAAGAUACUGAUGACAGAUGUAGUACAAUCUAGAUUGGAUAUAGCAAAACAACUGGCUGCAGAUUACACGCUCCUUAUAAAGAAAGAAUACUCCGACGAGGAGGUUGUGGAUAAGAUCAAAGCAUUGCUCGGAGGCAGACCUCGGGUUACUAUAGACGCGUGCGCUUUUCCUUCAGCACAACGCGUUUCUAUGCUGGUGACAAAAAAGGGCGGUACCGUACUAAUAGUGGGUGUGGGUGAUACAACAGUGGAGGUCCCGCUGUCGGGCACCGUGCUCCGCGAGAUAGACGUAAAGGGAUCCAACAGGAUACUUAACACUUACGGUCCAGCGAUAGCUGCAGUGUCCAGUGGCGCUAUAGACCUGAAGCCCUUCAUCACUCACCACUACCCGAUGGAGAAGACCGAGGAAGCCAUCUUACUCGCCAAGACAGGCGCUGCUAUGAAGAUUAUUAUACAUCUCAAUUAAAUGAA